UGCGCAGCGGCGUGUAUGCAGAGCGUGCCGCGGUAUAAAAGCCUAGAAAAUACGCUGGUCACCGUCGCACUAACCAUCGGCCUCGCCCUGGUCGAUCGAUCAAUCGCCGGCGUGAUACCGCUGGACCAUGAUCAUCAUGUCUCGUUGGCCAGCUCGUACAUGCAUUUCAAAGGGCCGGUGCAGGGACCCGAAUACGAGGUGAAAGUGCCGCACGUACCUCUGCCGGACCAUCUCGGCGAGCACAACUAUCUGCAGAGCCACCACGAGCAUCACCAUCACGACGGCUACACGGUCGACUACGUGGCAAAGCCCAAGUACGAGUUCUCGUACGGCGUCGAGGAUCAUCAUACCGGCGACUUUCACGGCCAGAAGGAGUCCAGCGACGGGAGCAGCGUGUCCGGGGAGUAUACCGUGAAAGAUCCAGGUGGUAGCCUCCGGGUCGUCAGCUACCACGCUGACAAGGAGGGAUUUCACGCGGUGGUACACACUUCCGGGAAGAAUGAUCAUUCGGGCGGGGUCUACGGCGGUCAAGGGCACGACCAAGACCAUCUUCACGAGUACGCGGCGUUGUCCGCGCACGCGGCGGCGUACUGAAAGAAAACUGGCGACCGUGGCCCAUGACAACCGGGUGACUGAUCGCUCUCCUUGUACCUGGCAUGAUUAGACUUUUCCUCUCCCCCGAAUCGUCAACGCGUUUGAUGCUUCUGUAUUUGUAUGCCAAAGGUAACAACGGUGCUGACCGUCCGAUAUUACACACCGGGAUAACCGUAUCGUAUACAAUUGUAAAUAUAUAGUUUAUCCCCUUUGUACGCGAUAAACGACAUAAAUAUGACGGAAGAAUGCAUAUUUAUUCCUUUUAUACGCGGCCUGUAUUGCCCCGUUCUUUCUCGAUGUAGAAUAUGGAACUAUAUUGACAAAUACGUGAUAGACACAUGUAAACUAUAUGAAUAAGAAUUUACAAAAUUAAUAAAGGUUUCCGAUAAAUAA